AUGCAGUCCGCAAUUCUGGUUCUCGCUGCCGCCGCUGGUGUUGCCAAUGCCUGGGCUGGAAACUACUCAAUGAGCGCUGGCUCUGCCGCCGGUCCUUCCUACACAACCACCACCCUCGUGGACACCACCACCGUCUCCUGCGGUGCCACCGGUACCACCAUCACCGGGUCCUCAAAGACCUUCACUCUCACCGCUUUCGAGACCUCCACCAUCACCGACUGCGGCUGCACCAAAACCACCGUCAUCCCAGCGACGCCAUAUACCACCACCACCACCGACAUCUUCACCUCCACCACCGUUUUCUGCCCCGCCGCGACUACCGCCAUAUUCGGCAGCAAGACUUACACUGCGUCUGUGAAUGAGACCCUCACCAUCACCGAAGGCUGCCCGUGCACAGAGACCAAGAGCGUGGUCUACACUCCCGGCGUUCCAGUCACCACCACUGGUUUGACCGUCAGCACAACCCUAGUCUCCACCUCGACCGUCGUCUGCCCAAGCUCCACCACUCUGCUGGUGACCGCACCAAGCACCUACGUCAGCGUGUGCCCAAGCCCAACCACCUUCACCGCCGUCGUCAACUCCCUCAGCACAGCCACCCACAUUGCGAGCGUGUCCGGCCAGACCAUCACCGUGACCCAGUCAGCCUCGGUCGGCACCUACACUGCCACCCCCAGCCAGACGGUGACCGUGUCUGAAGGUCCCUUUUCCAGCAGCACUGUGGUGCCAUUCACCACCACCAUCACCCCCGCGCCCGCCGCAGCAGAGGCCGGGGCGACCACCACAGCGCCCGCGGCUCCCGCUGGUACUGCCGUUGGCUCCGUCGUCGCACCAAAGCCAUCCACCGCUGCGCCCUUCAAGGGUGCGGCCAACAAGCUCUCCGGUGCCGGUGCCGGUGUCGCCGGUCUCCUCGGUCUCGCUGCCUACCUCCUGUGA